AUGUCUCUCUCCCCCUGCCGGGCCCAGAGGGGCUUCAGUGCUCGCUCAGCUUGUUUUGCUCGCUCCAGUGGCCAAGGCAGGGCUAGCUUCAGCAGCAGGAGCCUCAGUUCCUUCGGGGGAUGCCGAGGAGGCUCUCGUGGAAUGGCCUGGGGGUCAGGGGGAAGGCUAAGGGUGCUGUUUGGGGAGGGGAGUGGUGGGCCUGGGCUUUCCCUGUGCCCUCCGGGGGGCAUCCAGGAAGUGACCAUCAACCAGGAUCUGCUGACCCCAUUGAAGAUUGAGAUCGACCCCCAGUUCCAAGUGGUGAGGACUCAGGAGACCCGAGAGAUCAGAACCCUCAACAACCAGUUUGCUUCCUUCAUUGACAAGGUGCGGUUCCUAGAGCAGCAGAACAAGGUCCUGGAGACCAAGUGGCACUUGCUGCAGCAGCUGGGAGUGAGUGACAGCCCUCAGGGCCUGGAGUCUUUAUUUGAGAAGUACCUGGCCCAGCUCAGGAAGCAGCUGGAGGAGGUCCAGAGACAACGAGGGGCUCUGGACACCGAGCUUAAGUCUUGCCAGGACCAGGAGGAGGAGUACAAGACCAAGUAUGAACAGGAGGCCCACAAGCGGGCCACAGUCGAGAAUGACUUUGUGGUUUUCAAAAAGGAUGUGGACGAGGUUUUCCUGAGCAAGAUGGAGUUGGAAGGCAAGCUGGAGGCUCUGAGAGAGUACAUCUGCUUCUUGAGGCGUCUGUAUGAAGAAGAGCUGGGCCAGCUGCAGACGCAGGCCAGCGACAUGUCCGUGGUGCUGUCCAUGGAUAACAACCGCUGCCUGGACUUCAGUGAUGUUAUCGCCGAGGUCCGUGCCCGGUAUGAGGAGAUCGCCCAGACCAGCAAAGCCGAGGCUGAGAUGCUGUACCAGACCAAGUACCAGGAGCUUCAGGCAUCUGCCCAGCUCCAUGGGGACAGCAUGAAGGAAACCAAAAUCCAGAUCUCUCAGCUGCAGCAGGCAAUUCAGAGACUGCAGAGCCAGAUUGAGAACCUCAAGAAGCAGAAUGCCAACCUGGAGGCCAGCAUCGCAGAUGCUGAGCAGCGUGGGGAGCUGGCUCUUAAGGAUGCUCAGACCAAGCUGGCCGAGCUGGAGGCCGCUCUGAGAACCGCCAAGCAGGAAAUGGCCCGGCUGUUGCGACAGUACCAGGAGCUGCUGAGCACAAAGCUGGCCCUGGACGUGGAGAUCGCCACCUACCACAGGCUGCUGGAGGGCGAGGAGUACAGGAUGUCUGGGGAAUGCACCAGCCAGGUCACUAUCUCCAUGGGGGGAGGCAGCGCCAUCCUGUCUGGAGGAGUGUGUAAUAGUACGUGUGGACUCGGAGGUGGGAAAGGUGCUUUUGAGUCCAGCUGCUCCAGCGUCGUGAUUGGAGGCUCCAACAUCAUCCUGGGCUCUGGCCAGGGCCCUGUGAUGGGUUCCUGCUCUGUGUCCGGCUCUGGCCCUGGCUCCAGCUGCCGCACCAUCCUGAAGAAGACUGUCGAAUCAAGUCUCAAGACGUCCAUCACAUACUGAAUGCUGUGGCAGCCACUUGCUCCCCUGCCUUCCUGAAUGUUCU